AUGAAUCGGUGUCGAAUAUCAUCGCGCGGCAAGAAAGAGACCCGCUUUGGCAAAGCCCGCUGCGAUGCAAAACGAGAGAGCGUGGGAUCUGGGUUGCUGCAGGUGGCCUUGAUGAAUUACCGCCGGCCCGUUCGUCCAUUAGGGAGUCCGAAAGCAGACCACCGGAUCCGAAAUGGACCAGUAAUUAACGGAACUGCACUGCGCUGGAGGCUCCUCUCAGCCCCACGAAUGCUCAGGUGUAUUCGCUCGGCGGGGGUCGAACCCGCGCACGCACUGGGUGUUCAGAGAUCUGUAAGCUCACCCGCCGAGGCGACUAAACGAGAAGAAGAAGAAGAAGAAGAAGAAGAAGAAGAAGAAGAAGAAGAAGAGACAGAAAUAAGAUGGGAAGGAAGAAAACAGAGAGUUGAAGAAGCAGGAUAG